AUGGAGUUUAUUAAAGAGGAGAGUGAAGACGCCAGUGAUUUUGAACCAUGUAGAGUGAAAAAUGAAGAAACUGAGGAACAAUUAGGUUUGAUGAAGGUGAAGGAAGAAAACAAACUGAAUGACUUUGACGAGAAGCACUAUCAGAAUUCCUCUGAUUUCAAUCCAGCAGAAAAACCUUUUAGUUGCUCACAGAGCAACGAGCAUCUGAACCAAGAAAAGACCAAACGAAAACAAGCCAAACAUUCAUUAACCUGCCCCGACUGUGGAAAGAGUUUCACACAAAAAAACUUCCUGACGCUGCACGUGAGAGUUCACACUGGAGAGAAGCCUUUCACGUGUGUGGCGUGUGGAAGGAGUUUCCCACGUAAAGACAGGCUUAAAACACACAUGAGGAUCCACACCGGAGAGAAGCCGUUCAAGUGUCCCCAAGUUCACACCGGAGAGAAACCCUUCACCUGCCUUCAGUGUGGAAAGAGUUUCAAACAAAAAUCAAACCUGAACACUCAUAUGUGGAAACACACUGGAGAAACGCCUUUCACGUGUCAUCACUGCGGAAAGAGCUUCACGUGCAAAGGAAACCUUAAAAUGCACAUGCAAAUUCACACCCGAGAGAAGCCGUUCACAUGCCAUCAAUGUGGAAUGAGUUUCACGGGGAAAAACAUCCUUAAGAAUCACGUACGAAUUCACACCGGAGAGAAGCCUUACAUGUGCUCUGAGUGCGGUAAAGCCUUCACUAGAGCCGAUCAUCUGAAGAUGCACCAAAGAAUCCACACUGGAGAAAAACUCUACAAGUGCUCAUUCUGUGUAAAGAGCUUCGUGGAGUCUGGAAACCUGAAAAAACACGAACGACUGCACACCGGAGAAAAGACGCAUCACUGCGCUUCAUGUGGGAGGAAUUUCAGUUCAUCAAGAAAUCUACAGACUCAUAGAAAAACACUCUGCUCACUGGCCACAGAAGUGGACACCAUGUAA